UUAACCACCCGAAGGCAUCCCUUCAUGUCAUGGGAGACCUUCCCCCCCCUCUCUCUCUUUGUAUGUCUUCUUAUCUUAUCCAACCGUUAGUCUUAUAGAAUCCAACAUUAGAUAGAGAGGAGUAGAGCAAGAACCACGCUCCCAACAUUUAAUACCAUCAUCCGUUUCCACCCCUUCAACGCCUCCACUCUCAAUAACUUCCACACUCUAUAAGACCCAGAAGAAUGCCAGCAUCUAAAGCAGUGCGUUAGAGAGAGAGAGAGAGAGAGAUGGACUUCUUUGUUUUCAGUCUUUUUGUUGUGGCUUGUUGCAGGAUCUUGAGUUGUCAGGGAACCCAGUUGCAGUACAAGGAUUUCAUUUCUUGGGAUGACUUCAGUGCGGAGAAUUACUCCGGGAACUUCAACUUUAACGACGGGGCUCACAGUCGGGUCAUCUUGGUGUCGCAGGAUGGGAGCGGAGAUUCGAAGACGGUGCAGGGAGCGGUGAAUAUGGUUCCAGAUGGUAAUAGGGAGAGAGUGAAGAUAUUUAUUUCUCCAGGAGUAUAUAGAGAGAAGGUGAUCGUUCCCAUAACGAAGCCUUAUAUUUCAUUCAUUGGGAACGGAAGCUCUGAAACUGUUAUCUCGUGGCAUUCCAGGGCAUCUGAUCGAGAUCACAAUGGCCAGAUAAUUGGGACCUUUUACUCUGCAUCAGUUGCCGUGGAGUCCGAUUACUUCUGCGCAAAUGGAAUUACUUUUGAGAACACAGCACAAGGUGCAGUGCCUGGUGCGAUAGGAAUGCAAGCGGUGGCGCUGAGACUGUCGGGCGACAAGGCCAUUGUAUACAGAUGCAGGAUCUUGGGAUCUCAAGACACACUCUUCGAUCACAUGGGCAGGCAUUAUUUCUUGGAAUGCUACGUCCAAGGAUCCAUUGAUUUCAUAUUUGGAAAUGCAAGAUCUUUGUAUCAGGGCUGCACACUUCAUGCAGUUGCAAUGAGCUAUGGAGCAGUCGCAGCUUCUCAGAGGAAUUCACCAAAGGAUGAUUCCGGGUUCUCUUUCCUGGACUGCAGGCUGGAUGGCUCUGGGAUUCUGUACUUAGGGAGAGCUUGGGGACGGUAUGCAAGAGUGGUCUAUUCUUACUGCCAACUGGAAGGCAUCAUCAUCCCUGAAGGAUGGAGUGACUGGGGAGAUCCAUCAAGGACAAGGACAGCAUGGUUUGGAGAGUUCAAUUGCAGUGGUAAGGGUGCCAAUUUGAGAAAGAGGGUACAAUGGGCAAGAUCACUCAACUACGAUGAAGCACGGCCUUUCCUAGAUCGGAAUUACAUUCAUGGCAAUCAAUGGCUUCGAUUGUAGUUCCUUAUUUUUGAGCUGAUCUUAUAAUUUUGUGCUGUUUCACCUUCCAGGCAUAUCCCUGAAAGUGUAUGUACCAAGUCCAUACCAAUUGAUGAUGAUAGUUACCAAUCGACGAAA